AUGGGAAAGAAGGGCCUCGGUGACUUCGUUGACCGGGGCCUUCAUAGGGCCCUUGCUGAAGACUCGGAUGCGCGCAUGCGAGAGGCCAUUCUCCAGGAGGUCUAUUCCAUGAGCCCCUUGCAGUUGGUGCGCGACGCCCGCGACAACUUUGAUAAGGUCGCGGAAAUCUACCGUCUUCGAGGCUUCCGGGGCUGUGACGAGGCUGAGCUAACUCAUGUGGAGCCCAGCUCAUGGGCUCUGUCCUGGAUCGAUUGGGGGCCGAACAGCUGGCACUCAGCGUCCUUCUGCGUGGAGACCUCAUCCGGGCCCUGGCGGGUCAUCGUUACGAAGAAGGGCAAAGUCAGCGGUGUCUUUCCUGUUGUGGAUCCAGAUAGUGCAGCAGGUGCCGCGCAGGGAAAGUCUAGCCGAGAGGAUGCCUCGGCUGCCCACGCGACCAAGGCUGCCAAGGCUGCUCGCAACGUAGAGAGGACGAGGCUUCUGGAUCUGGGCCGUGCCAUGCAGGAUGCUACCGUUCAGGUGGAGGCAUUCCUGGCUUCAGGGUGCCGGUCCCGGAAGGACGCGGUCUCGGAGGCGUGCCGUUGGCUGCAGGAGCUUUGUUGGGAGGACCUUCCAGAUUUGAACAGAGACCUGGAGUGGGACUCCUCCGAAAGCUGGGGGUCCUGGGCCAAACGGGCUUGUGCGUCACUUCGCACCCGUUGCGGCAUUCAGGAGCUGGUGCUGCCAGUAGAGAAGGUAGGCUUCACCCACGACUCAAUCUCCACUGCUUUCAGACAGGGCACCGCUGCCGGAAGGGAUGUGGAAUGCCUGGUAGAAGAUCUCCGAUGGGGGAGGGCAAACCCUCUGGAGCACCAGGACCUUGUCAUCGAUGCUGUGUGCCACAAGGGCCGCAUCCUGUCGCUGAACAACCGGCGCUUAUGGGCGUUGAAGCAGCACAAGACACUGCAUGCUAAGUCGGAUGUGCGCGUUCGCGUGCAGGUCUUGCCCUGGAACGACUCUACCGUGGCACGCUUUCUGCAGGCCUUUACGUCCCAAAGCGAAGGCAACAGCAUCGCCUGCCGCACACCCUUGGAGGGUGCGCCCCCAGAUGCUGUGGUGGCCACGACGCUGGGCCGCGCGGUCAUGGCAACGCCGGCCUCCGCACGGGCAGAGCGCAAAAGAGCCGAAGCAAAGACCUUGCCGGGUCAAACUGCACAAGGAGCGGCGUUUCCGGUGGAUCCGCUAUCUGGUGCACCAGGCGCCUCACCGGGCUUGCGGCUGGGUGGAGAGGUCUUCCCAAGCUGGCGCGAGGCCAAGGAACGUGUGCAGGCGAUUCUUCGGGCCAACAGCGGCGGCCGGCCGCUGCCGGAAGCAGAGUAUCUCAUCGUGAUGGAUGCUUUGCAGUUCCAUCCGGAUCCGCAAGCAAAGCGCCUCAAAGAAGUAACAAGGAUCACUGUGGGCUCCUCGGAGAAGUUUGCCAAGACCCCAUGCUUCUGGAUCUGGCGAGAGGAUGGCUCCGGUGAAGACAUUUCUGUAAAAAAGUGCUGGGACAAGCUGGACCUCAUAGAGAAGUCUGUCACGAAGAAAGACCGGCAACGCGAGGUGCUAGCUGGGGGGCAGUGUUUUGUAGGCGUCCUGGACAGUUGGAUCACGGGCCAAGGCAAAAAUUUCGGCUGGCUCCGAUUGGAGUGUGAGCAGAAAGCACAAGUCCCAACUGGCGCGGCUGGUCAGAAGUUGAACCUGGAAUGGUCUGAUGUGGCUGCUCAUAGCCAAGCUCAUGUGAAUGCCAACCGUUCAGCAAAAGAACAACCACUCUUCCGAAAAGGCCAGCGAUUUUCCUGUGUCCUUUAUCGCUGGCAUGAAAAUGGCAAGCUUGGGUGCAUGAGAGCGGAGAUGGUGCAGCCUUAUCUGCAGUAA